GUCGUGAAUGAAAGAAAGGAGCACUGAACACCAAAGAAGUGGGGAGUUUAAGAAAAUGCCUGAUUUGGGUAAUCGAAAGCACUCAGUGACUGUCUUUAUAUUUGAUCACCUUUAAGCUUUCAUAUGCCCUUAGUUUAUAUCCGUCUCUGCAAAACAAAAGGUUUGAUGGCAGCAGCCUUUAGCGGCCUGUUUUGGAUCAGGCUCUGGAGUGGACGCCCCUAGCUAAGGGGUCCUCUAGGCAGCCAGAGACCUACAGAAAAUGGAGGCGAUGGCGGCUGGGCCCGGCCUAUGGCUCGUUCCGGCGUUUGGGCUGCGUUUGCUGUUGGCGACUGUACUUCAAGCGGUGUCUGCUUUUGGGGCAGACUUUUCAUCGGAGGCAUGCAGAGAGUUAGGCUUCUCUAGCAACUUGCUCUGCAGCUCUUGUGACCUUCUUGGACAGUUCAACCUGCUUCAGCUGGAUCCUGAUUGCAGAGGAUGCUGUCAGGAGGAAGCACAAUUUGAAACCAAAAAGCUCUAUGCAGGAGCUAUUCUUGAAGUCUGUGGAUGAAAAUUGGGAAGGUUCCCUCAAGUCCAAGCUUUCGUCAGGAGUGAUAAACCCAAACUAUUCAGAGGACUGCAAAUCAAGUAUGUUCGUGGUUCAGACCCUGUAUUAAAGCUUUUGGACGACAAUGGGAACAUUGCUGAAGAGCUAAGCAUCCUCAAGUGGAACACAGACAGUGUAGAAGAAUUCUUGAGUGAAAAGUUGGAACGCAUAUAAAUCUUGCUUAAAUUUUGUCCUUUUUGUUGCCUUAUCAAAUGAAAUAUUAUAGCACCUAGAAAAUAAUUUAGUUUUGCAAGCUUCAAUUGAUCAACCUUUUAGUGUGAGGCGUUAAACAUCUAAUUAGAUCUUGAAGUGGCAGCACGGCCCGUGAUAUCUAAGGAGUUGGCAAGCUUAACAAAACCCAUUUUUUUAUAAGUUUCCAUCCUCCUGCAUUUGUUGAUACCACUAAUGAAAUGCUUUGUAACAGACUUGUGGUUAAUUAUGCAAAUGAUAGUUUCUGAUAAUUGGUCCAGUUUUACAAAUAACAGAAUUUUAAAUUAGGUUAGUAAGACAGAUGAUUACUAUGCUUCAUGUUUGUGCUCUUUGAAAGUAAUGACAGAAAACUACAAAGCAAAUAAGAUACACAGAUUGCCUGCUCCUCAAAGUGUCUCAUAUUUUUUUAUUACCCAGCUUUCUUUUUAAUAGAAAUGUUAUUUAUAGUUUAUAAUGAAUGCACUGCAUAGAACUUUGUAGCUUCAUUAUUGUGAAAUAUUCAAGAUCUACAGUAAGAAUGAAACAUUCACAAAGAUUUGCAUUAAUGAAGACUACACAGAAAACCUUUUCUAAGGAUUUGUGUGGAUCCGAUAUUUGGCAAAUUUUUGAGUUUUAUGUUCUUACAGAAAAGUUCAUUUUAAAAUGACCGUUUGUAAAACCAAAAUAGAAAUAAAAAGUUUUAAAAAUGUAUC